AUGAGUGGUGAAGAAAGACUUGUUACAGAAGUUCCCAGUAGUUUAAAACAAUUAGCACGUUUGGUAGUACGUGGAUUUUAUACAAUAGAAGAUGCAUUGAUUGUUGAUAUGUUAGUUAGAAAUCCAUGCAUGAAAGAAGAUGAUAUUUGUGAACUUCUAAAAUUUGAGCGUAAAAUGUUGAGAGCUAGAAUAUCUACGUUGCGUAAUGAUAAAUUUAUACAAGUUAGAUUAAAAAUGGAAACUGGUUCAGAUGGAAAAGCACAAAAAGUUAACUACUACUUUAUUAAUUAUAAGACUUUUGUAAAUGUGGUAAAAUAUAAACUAGACUUAAUGAGAAAAAGAAUGGAAACUGAAGAAAGAGAUGCCACUAGUAGAGCCAGUUUUAAAUGUACAAAUUGUUUAAAAACCUUUACUGAUCUUGAGGCAGAUCAAUUAUUUGAUAUGACUACUGGUGAAUUUAGAUGUACAUAUUGUCGUGAAGUAGUGGAAGAGGAUCAGUCUGCCCUUCCUAAGAAAGAUUCAAGGCUAUUAUUAGCUAAGUUUAAUGAACAAUUAGAACCACUUUACAUUUUAUUAAGGGAAGUAGAGGGUAUCAAAUUGGCUCCUGAAAUAUUGGAACCAGAACCAGUUGAUAUAAAUACCAUUAAGGGUAUUGAUACAAGGAAACCAAGCAGUCUAAGAGCACCUGGUGAACAGUGGUCUGGUGAAGCUACAAGAUCAUCAGGUUUUAUGGUAGAAGACACAAGAGUAGAUGUUACAAUUGGUGACGAUUCUGUGGACGAUAAUGCGGCAAACAGGAGAAAAGAAAGGCCAAUUUGGAUGAUGGAAAGCACCGUUAUUAAUUCUGAUUCACAGCCUGAUGGAGUUAAUACACAAGAGAAUAUCUUGGAUAAAGCUGCAGCUACUGCCACUAACAUAACAUCAACAAAUAAUAAACAAGGUGAAGAUAUAAUGUCUGUAUUGUUGGCUCAUGAGAAAAAAGGAGGAACAAAUUCAGCAGCUGCUAUAAAAUCUGUACUACCUCAAGAAUCUAGUGAUAGUAGUGAUAAUGAAGAAGUUGCUGAAAUGCAAACUAUUGAUACAGGAGAAGUGGAAACUAUGGAUUCUGAGGACGAGGAUCUUGUACCAACUGUAACUGUUGCAGGGAAAACUGUUGCCAUUGCAGACGUAAAUGAUGCAUUAAUUUCAGAAAUGACUCCUGUGGAGAAAGAAGCGUAUAUUCAAGCAUAUCAAGAAUAUUAUUCUCAUAUGUAUGACUAA